CGCGAUUACUCUGCUUUCUAUUACGGGAAGGGGGCGGUGAACGAACAGCAAGCGGCUCUCCCGGGAAGGCUUUUCAAAGGGAACCCACCGCCUCUGCAGUUUGUAGCGCUAGCGCGUAAACUUUUGCCCUGUUUCGAAAAGGGGGCACGCUCCCCAUGAAACUGCACUUUUAGGAAAACUCCUCAAACUUCAGGUGUGGUUGGUCUUCACAGCUCUUGGCCUAAUGCUCUAUGGAUAACUCACUGGCCACGGACUGAUGUCUUCGCCACCUGGGGAUUGGUGCUGCGUAUCUUGUAGCGUGCAACCUUUUGGCAAUGAAUGUGAGGGCAUGCACUAUGAGCCACCGGACAACAAACACUCCUCACAGGCCUGGGAUGAUCAAUGGACAGCAGAUUCCACCUGUCAGAGUUCAUGCAGGAACUUCUUGCUCUUCAUCUAACGCUAGCGCCCCAAGCGGAAACCUGCCUGCCAACUCACAUUUAAAGACCUCUCUUGGAGGAAAUGCUGCUGCUCAGAGCAAUGCUAUUGAUUGCAAUAUUCACUUCCCUGCUUUAAGUCCCAGGAGGCACAUGGUUACAAAUGGGAAGCCCUUAUUCCACGUCCCACAAGCUCCAGGGCUGACAGCGCCACAGUUUUUGAAGCCAAAGCAGCAAGAAUUUGGAAGUAGUUUCACUACAAGCACAGUUAAAGGGGAUCUUGCCUUUGGACCUUGGUGCAAAUCCAUUGGGAAAAGCAGCUGCAACAAUUUAAUAGUCACCAGCAGUCCAAUGAUGGUUCAAAGACUGGGACCUCUUUCUCCUCCUGCCCAAGAGGUCUCAACAGCACACAACCAAAUCAGCCCUAGCUUACAGAGGGCUAUGAAUGCUACAAACCAGAAUAUACCUCCAUCUGAUACAAGAUCCCUUAUGUCACGUGAAUCUUUGGCAUCCACAACCUUAAGCCUGUCAGAAAGCCAGUCAAUACAGAGUGUCAAACAAGAGUGGUUUCAUGGUUACAGAAUUUUCCCUUCUCUUCCUUCCAGCCAAGGAUCCCAAAACGGCAGUGAGCUGGGUGACACUGCAAGUGUUGCAUCUGGAAUGUCCAUGUCCAACAACAUUUCUAGCUCACUUCCAUCUUACUUGUUUGGUAUGGAAAACAACCAUUCUCCUUAUCCCAGCCCUCACCAUUCAUCAGCCAGGUCUCAUUCAGCCAAAAAGAGAGCUCUCUCUCUGUCCCCUUUGUCUGACGGCAUCGGGAUUGACUUCAAUACGAUAAUCCGUACAUCUCCCACCUCCCUUGUUGCUUACAUAAAUGGCUCAAGGACAUCUCCAUCAAACAUCUCCCCUCAGCCUGAGGUCUAUGGGCAUUUCUUGGGAAUAAGGGGAAGCUGCAUUCCCCAAACUUGCUCUAUUCCAAAUCCUCAAAAAAGACUCCUUGUGGCUAAUGGUAACGUUGCCCUCCAAGGCUACAGUGAAAAUGGAAACGCUGAAUACCAGCGCAUGCAGCAGUUGGAGCAGAACAGCCUGCAGCCAGUGGUCACAAACAACAUGGUUGUUCAGCAAGGUAUGUCUCUGUUAGAGAGCCAGUCUGCGGGCGUGUUAAAGAGCGGACGUGUGGGUGAUUUUUCUGGCAGUGCAAAUGACCUGCCCACUGCUGCUCCACUGGUGCCCCCACUGCUUCCUCCACCACAUGGUCCACCACCGCCAUACCACGCACAUCAGCAUGACCUCAUCAGUCGUUCUCGACAGCUUUCCUUACCACCGACUGUCCAAGGGCCCCUCCUAGAAGAGGACGGUGAACUAGAUGAUUUUAAUGGCAAGCACAGCUGUCGCUGGAUAGACUGCAGUGCUACCUAUGAUCAGCAAGAAGAACUUGUACGGCAUAUAGAAAAAAUUCACAUAGACCAGAGGAAAGGAGAGGAUUUCACUUGUUUCUGGGCUGGAUGCCCUCGCAGAUACAAGCCUUUCAAUGCCCGUUACAAACUGCUGAUUCACAUGAGAGUACAUUCAGGGGAGAAGCCAAACAAAUGUACGUUUGAAGGCUGCAAGAAGGCCUUUUCUAGACUAGAAAAUCUCAAGAUUCACUUAAGGAGCCACACUGGAGAAAAGCCUUACCUUUGCCAGCAUCCAGGCUGUCAAAAAGCAUUCAGUAAUUCCAGCGACCGAGCCAAGCACCAGAGGACACACCUGGACACUAAACCAUAUGCUUGCCAGAUUCCUGGAUGCACCAAACGAUACACGGAUCCAAGUUCUCUAAGAAAACAUGUAAAAGCCCAUUCCUCCAAAGAUCUGCAGGCAAGGAAAAAGUUACGUUCCAGCACAGAGCUUGACCAAGACAUUCUCAAUGACUGUCUCACUAUCCAACCUCUGCAGCCACCUCUAUCGCCACAUGAUGCUUCAGAUAGUGCUGUCAGGCAAUCCCCAGGACCAGUGCAUGACAUUUACACAGCAGCACUGUAUGCCAGUACUCAGUCAAGCCGAAAUGGAGCCACUGUGGGCACUGGGCCCUCACCACACUCUGUGAGUCACAGUUCACCAGGGCACAAUGUGCAUGGCAGCCCACACAACCCACCAGCCCAAGUGUCCCCUCUCACAACAAGGGAUUCGGGAACUGAGAGAUUUUCAGCUUCUGCUCCCUUUUCUCCUCACCAUAGAAGUUCUAGGGUAAUUCCUCCUCCACUUCCUUUGAUGCAGAAAAGGACAGCACAUCCUUCUAAUAUCCAGCAGCUUGGAGGCCCCCAUCUGAAAUCUUCUGAGCAGUUAUCAACCCCCUCUUUUCAGUCAAACAGCAUCCAAAUCCAAGGUGUUUAUGGACAAUUGCAAACUUUCUGUUCUCCACAUUAUACUGACAAUCAGACAAAUAUACAACAUGUUGGAACUUGUAAUAUGGUCCCUCCUUUUGAAGACUGCCUUGUUCCUACAUCUAUGGGUCAGACAGGUUUUGAUGUUUUCCACAGAGCAUUUUCAGCUCAUUCUGGGAUUACAGUUUAUGACCUUCCAUCUGGCUCCACAGGUAUCUUUGGUGAUGCAUUGCGCAGCGGAACUGAUGACUCAAGCUAUCUUCAGAUAAAUGCUGUGGAUCGUUGCCCUAGUCAGCUUUCAUCAGUUUAUACUGAAGGCUGAGGAGAAGCUACAAUCCAGCAUUUACUUCCAAUCAGAAUUUGUUUAUUAGUAAUUUCCAUCAGUCAGCAUAAGUGCUAAAGAUCUCACUGGAGAAAUGAAGAAAACACCACCAGAAAGCACUCAGCUCCACAGAUGCAGCUAAUACAGUUGGUAGGGAAAGGUGCUGGUUAAAACUUACUUGCCAAAGUGUGAUCACUUGCUUUGUUUAAUUCAGCCUUUUCUGUGGCAAAACUCAAAGGGAUUUUUUUUUAAACUACUGUUUGUUAAUUUUUAAAAUGAAUUGUUGGGAUGUUCAGAACUGUCUUUGAAAACCUUUUUGGGAAUCCGUAAAAAUUAAGAGCAACUAAUACCCUUUUGGAAAAAGCAGAGUUUCUUGCAUAAUGAGCCUGUCUUACGGUGCUUUGGAAUCUAAGCACACAAUCUCAUGGGAAAGAGGGUUAAAGGGAAAUUUGUUUUUGAGACAUGCUGUGGCACCAGCUGGUGGUGGUAAUAGCACUGUUCCAGCCUUUUUUUGUUUUGUUGUUUUGGUAUCAAGGAACAUUGAUUCUGGAUCUGUUAAUACUCUUUUUAUCAACAUAGUAUUAACAGCAUUAGCUUAAGGAGAUGCAUUUGGUUGUGCUUUCUUAGCAGCACUCCACUGGAGAGAAUUCAUUCCUCUAGACAUUAAAUAAUUCUUUAUAAUUUAAUAUUUAUUUUUUUUUAGUUUGCAAAUAUUUCAAGCCAUUUCCAGCAAAUUUCACUAACACUUCAUGCUCAUCCACAAAAGACAAGAGUCUAUUCACCACUGUUGAAUUCUACAUGUAAAUGUUAGGGCCAAAGUGCAUGUAAUGUAGGAGAUCCAGUCAUUAGCCUUAAAAUAAGUACAGAGGUAGAGGUAAUUUCAGUCAGUGCUGCAGUACUGUGGGAUGACAGCUAUGUUUUCCUUCAUAAUUUUGCUUCUCUACCAGCUGCUAUUAGCCAUGUAGGGUAAAAUAAGGUGCAGUUAAGCUGCCCAUCUUAUUCCCAGGGAGAAUAUGGAGGAUUUUAAUUAAAGAAAUGGUGAAGGAGGAAAGGGUUAACUCCCCUUCUCCCAGCACCACAGGGCUGAUCCAAAUUGUUCCCCUUCCAUUUGAUUUCAGAUCUCCUGGGUGGCAUGUAAUUAGUCCCAAUGGCACUGCUUCUGAAAGACAACACCUUCUUGGCUUUGUCCUUCAUAUUCUAUAGGACCUCUCCAGAAAGAGCUUUUAUUCCAUAUGUUAGUAUUUAACAUACCAUGUUUAAAUGGUAUUGAAAUCAUUCUUAAAUAUGCACAAUUUCCCCCUCUUUUUGUUUCCUUUUUUCCCUUUUCUUGCUGAAAAGCCUGGCAUGCCAGGUUUUUAAUCUAUCCCAAAAGCAAUUGUUUUGCUGAUACUCUUUGUUGUAUAGUUAGAAGCAUGUGUGGGUAGUGGAGAAAUGGAUUUUCAUGGUCAAGAUAUGGUCUUUGUCAUGGUUACACCAUUGUAUAAUUAAAAUGGCAGCUUUCUUUAUGUAUUUGUAGGCCAUUUAUUUAUACUAUGGCCAAAACAUUUUAGCAAUUUCUAAAUGUGCAUGUUUCUUGUUAAUAGCAUGUUGCUGCAGAGGAAGAAAACCUGAAGAUGUCAAGAGCCAAAGGAAUUAUUGUACUCAAAAUUUAGUGAGGUUAGGCAGAAGAGCUUUCAGGAUCAUGGAUCAGGCCUCCAAUACCCUAAAUCAUUAUUUGGUAGAACUCAUACUUUUUGUGUGAAUUUAUAGGUAUGCUGCAGCCAUGGUUCAAAAGGAUAAUCUGCUUUUAUGAAAGAUAAGCAGAGGCAGCUCAGUUUGUGUUCAGAUCCCCUUGCUAAAUCCAAUCCUGAAUGUACUUUCUCUUCCCCUGUAGGUCAUAUAUACAAAGGGAACCCAUAAAAACAGAUUAGUGUGAACAAUGCCAAUCAGGUUUUUUUUUAUGGGGAGGGGGGGAAUGGAGGAGGCAUUUAGGUUGCACUUCUUUAUGACCAGUUCUGUCAAAUUUGGUUAUCUAUAGGGUUGGGAUAAUCUGUCAAUUUUGGUUUUGCUUGGUUUCUCAUUUUCUCAACCAUAUGUUUAUUUUGACCUAUUCCAGCAUCAGUUUAAGUUCAGCAAAACAAUAAAUGUGUAUGGAAAUUUGUAUACAUACUCAUACACAUUUCUUCUAAUAUAGGCAUUUUAUAUGCACUUUUCCUAACAUGAAGAUUUUUGCAUCCUUAAAUAAUGUGCUGUGUGCAUACUUUCCCCAAUAUACACAUUUUUGUGCACAGUUUUCAUUCAUAUACGCAUGAUAUCUGCAUUGUAGUUGUAAGACAUCAUAUGGAUACGUGCAGAUUUCAUGUGCAAAUGCAAUCUUGUUUUUGAAUAGGCUGGGGAAGCAUGUAUUCGGUAUGUUCACAUACAAAUUCUAACUGAACAAAUUUCUUAUCCAUCCCUAGUUCUCAGCCACCUCUGUGGUGGAAGUAGGUGGAAGCAGAUCCUUACCCUGUUUGAUUUUGCACAGGUGAAGGUCUUUGAAUUUGGCAUACAGUCUACUCAGGAGUAAGCCUCACUGACCAGUGGGACUUACCCCUAUAAGGCUGCAGCAGCCAUAUACCUGCUUCUUCUCUAAAGAGUUCAAUGCAAGUUACAUAUGGUCUCCUUUGUCCUAAACCUGCUUAACUUCAGCAGCAGAAUUCUGCUGCUGGUUUCUGGAUAUUGUUACGAUACUGAAAUAAUCCCCUUUUAUUUUAUUGUUUUAUUUUAAUGUAAUGUUUGCUUUACUCAGUUUAGUUUCUUGAAAAGUUCAUUAUACAUUACUGAAUCCUUGGAUGUCCUAGUUAUAGAGGACACUGUUGUAGUGCAAAAAUGGUGCUUCAUUUUUUGGAUUGCUGGGUAAUUCUUCCCACUGAAAGGGAUUCAGUAUAAACUAUUUUAAUGUAAGGAUACAGCUGGUAAAAUGACAAUAUGUUGAUACAUGGAUUCAUUUGCAGUUUUCAUUUUUCUCAGAACUGAGCUACUGCAACAGUGCAAGUGGGAUGCCUCUGAUGUUGCUUAAGAAGCCAACCCCUGUUGUAUUUGCAUGGCCCCAAGAUUGCUUUCUCAUGUACAAGAGUGAACAUAUCCUCACAAAUAUCAGAGAACCCUGCCUUCUACACAGUCAUUACUUAGAAGCUCUACCAUACCUGGGUAAAAAUAAAAACACUACCAGUUUUGGUUGUUCCGAUUCUUCCCACCCUUUAUACCAUUGAUGGAUCAGUUGUGGCCCUACAAAGUGUUGACACACAAUUUCCAUCAGUCCUGACCAGCAAAGCCAGUGGUGAGGGACGAUGGGAGUGAUGGGUCAAAAUAAUGAACAUAAGUUGCCAUCAAUGCUCCAUGCUGUUACAUGAGAAUAAAGGCUCCUUGGCAGAUUGAAAAAAAAAAAAAAAUCUCUCCCAGGCUGGCUAGACAGGCAGGCAAUGAGACUGUCCAUCUUCAUCCUUUGCUACUCUCAGAAAAAUAUAUAUGUAUAUUCUCGGGGAAAUGUACACUGGAGUUCACAUGUACCUUCAACUAGAAAAAUAUAUCAGAAGUCAACUAUCCUAGUUUACUAGUAUCAUUUGCAGAGGCUUUGUAAUGGUAAUAGUACUGUCAUAUCCUACCAUUAUCAUAGGAUUUUUUAAAAAAUCGCUUAUUGCCCAUGUUGUGUAUGUUUGUAUGUGCCAUUUUAUAGCAGCAUUUAAAAAAAAUACAAAAAAACAGCACUUUCAUGUGUGAAUUUUUAAUGGAACAGAUAAAUCAAAGAAAUUAGUUUGAAAGUUAACAGAGUGGUGUGUUUUUUUUGUAAUGUUUGUGCAACGUUGCUCAUGCAAAGCACUUUGGGGGGAAGGGAGGGGUUGUGGAAAUGUAUUUUCUAUAAACCUUUUCUUGUACAUAUUUAUAUAUGCUCCUUAUAUAGAUUUGAAUUCCUUAUACCAUAUUGUAUAUCUGGCUGAUUUUACUUUAGUUGGCAUAUCUUUGUUGCAUAUUGUAUGACUUCAAAAAAUUAGUGUCUUUUUCUAUUAAUAUGUAUAGUUUUGUGAUCGGUUAUAAUUACAUUUCAUAUAAUCAUAAGUUAUUUUUGUGUUGUUUCAUGAAGUCCAUUUUUAAUAUGAAAGGUGAAAUGAAGGGUUUGUGCGUAUGCUAAAGAAAAUAAAGUGAAACUGGAAAUUUGUAACACA